UUUAUAUCAUUGUCAUUUUUGACGUUUAUAACAGUGUUUCUCAUUUCUGGUGUUUAGAUUUGUACUGUUUAGGCUUUAGCAAAAAUUCGAUUUUAAUUUAAUCAAUAAUACCAAAUACAAUAGUAUUAACAAUGUCUGUGAAAAACGAAAAUAUUAGCAAAAUAUAUCCAGAGAAAGUGCCUUUGGAUACUGAUCAAGGCAUUUUAGAGAGCGAAGAGCGUAAAUGGGGCCUGCCCCUGAAAGAAGUUUAUAAACAUGGCUUGUCAUUUUAUAAGGAAAAAGAAGGUAAAGCUCUCCACUUAAGCUAUGAAGACCGCCUCAAGCUUGUGGCAUACACACAGCAGACAGCCCACGGACCUCUGGAUAUAAAAUCAGCUUCUCCCCUUGGAGUUCUGGAUGUGAUAGGUCGAGAUCGGAGGGCAGCAUGGCAAGCUUUGGGUCAGAUGUCACAAAUCCAAGCAAUGGCUGGCUUUGUACAUACAUUAGACAGAUUGUGUCCUUUAUUUAAACCAUACUUGGAAGCUAUUCAGAAGGAUUUGGAAACAAAAAAACAGAAACAAUUUAAAAAAGAACAAGACGAGCGAGCCCACUUAGAACUGCAAAAUCGAAUUAUGUUGGAGAAACAAAAACAACAGAAUACCCAACCAACAGAAGAGCAACAAGUACAGAGGAUAAAAGACGCGCUCAACGCCCAAACCUAUGAGCAGUUUUUGCAGUACGCCCAGCAGCAGUUCCCGGGCAACUUCGACCAACAAGCCGUGCUCAUCCGCCAGCUCCAAGACAAACAUUACCAACAGUACAUCCAACAGUUGGCCGUAGACCAGAGACUGUCUAACACUGAACUUGAUGAAGAAGAAAAUGAAAAGUCAAAGGAAGAAAUUGAAGAAACUGUGACAGAUUGCAAUCUGAAUGAAACUGAUAUAUUGAAGAGACUAUUUAGCUUAGCAGAGCCUGAAAAAUGGACACUAACUGGUGCUAUCGGCUUCCUCAUUGUGUCAUCCAGUGUCACAAUGGCAGUUCCAUUUUCCUUGGGAAAGGUAUUGGAUAUAAUCUAUGACUCAUCAAAUGACCUUGGCGCUGCAAGAGAAAAGUUGGAUGCUCUGUGUCUAAUGCUCUGUGGUGUCUUCCUAUUAGGUGGCUUUUGUAAUUUUGCAAGAGUGUAUCUUAUGUCUAUAUCAGGUCAAAGAAUGACACAGUCUCUACGAAAGCAAGUCUACGGUGCCAUAAUGCGUCAAGAACCAGCUUGGUUUGGUAGAAAUUCAACUGGAGAACUAAUUAAUAGGCUGUCUGCAGACACACAGCUUGUGGGACGAAACCUUAGUCAGAAUCUUAGUGAUGGACUGAGGUCUUUUUUAAUGGUGUGUGCAGGCACAGGAAUGAUGUUCUACAUGUCACCAUCGUUAGCUAUGAUCGGGCUCUGCGUAGUACCCCCUGUGUCAAUACUGGCAGUUUUCUAUGGGAGAUUUGUUCGUGGCAUAACGAGACAGAUGCAGGACACUUUGGCCGAAACUAGUGAGUUAGCUGAAGAAAAAAUAUCCAACAUAAAGACUGUUAAAGCAUUUAGUAAAGAGAAAUCAGAAUGUAAAGUGUAUGCGCAAAGAAUAGAAAAUCUGCUCAAGUUAGCGUACAAAGAAUCUAUGGCAGUGGGAAGUUUCUAUGGACUGACAGGGCUUUCGGGGAACAUGAUAAUAAUUCUCGUGUUGUACUAUGGUGGUGGCAUGGUGGCUACUGAACAGUUGACUGUGGGCAAUUUAACGUCAUUUCUCUUGUAUGCUGCAUACGUGGGUAUAAGCAUUGGGGGUCUGAGCAGUUUCUACACUGAGUUGAAUAAGGGCAUCGGAGCUGCGACUAGGCUGUGGCAGAUUAUUGAUAGAGUACCAACUAUACCUGUGGAAGGUGGCCGGCGACCGCUACACAGGCCUCAAGGCGAAAUAGUCUUCGAAAACAUAUGUUAUUCCUACCAAGGGGCGCCUUUGAUAAAAGAUUUCAACCUUCACCUGCGGCCGGGCAAAUCCGUAGCGCUUGUCGGUCGUUCAGGAUGCGGCAAGAGUACAAUAGCGGCGCUCAUACUGCGACUGUAUGACCCGGACAAAGGGAAAAUCUUAUUGGACGGAGUCGAUAUCAAGGAGUUGGACCCGACUUGGUUGAGGAGCCACAUUGGAUUUGUUAGUCAGGAACCGGUACUAUUCAGUGGUUCAAUUAAAGAUAACAUUCUCUAUGGCGCACUUGAAGAUGAACAUGGGAAUAUAAGAGAUAGUUGUGAUGCAAAGGAGCCCGCUUGGCUGGCGGCGGCGCGAACAGCAUACCUACACGAGCUAGUGGUGGCCAACACGGCGGGGUGGGGGCGGCAGGUGGGCGCGGGAGGGGGGCAGCUCAGUGGCGGCCAGAAGCAACGCGUCGCCAUCGCUAGGGCUAUAGUCAAGAAUCCUAAAAUAUUAAUAUUAGACGAAGCUACCUCAGCGUUAGACGCGUAUUCAGAAUUUCUAGUAGAUAAGUCUUUGAAAGAAAUCAGCCGAGAUCGGACAGUGCUUACGAUCGCGCACAGGCUGAGUACUAUACAAUCCGCGGACGAAGUCGCCGUUUUAGAAAAUGGAUCAGUCAUAGAGAACGGAACGUACACCGAACUAAUGGCGAAACAAGACGGAUUCUUCAGGGAACUUAUCACGCAUCAAACCUUCGCUUCCAAAAACAGAGAGCCCAGAGACAAACAAACCACGUAGUUUUUGGGAACUGUUACAUUUUUUCUGUUUUGUUAAUUCCUUUUUAAUUUAUUUGUUAUGGAUGUAAUUAAAUCCAUGUGUAUGUGUUUACACAGUGCAGCUAUAAGCCGGAUAAAGAAUAUAAGAUUGUUUAGUAGAUAAUUGCCAUUUUUGGUUGACUUAUAUCGAAGGUAAACAAGUAUAACUAUGUUAUUAUAAUGAUUUAUUGUUAUCAUUUGCCCAAAUAUUGGACUUUAGUCUGAUAUAUGUUUAUAAUUGCAGGAAUAUUUUACUAUUGUUAAAUCGUAAUCAAAUACCAGUAAACCUAUGGUUGGUUGGUAAGCUUAAAUGAUACGAUUGCGGAAUUUUACUAUUUUGAUGGUAAUUGUGAAUACAGAUAAUAUUUUGCACAUUUUGUAUACUUUCUUUGAAUACAUUCAUAAUUUCUUGUUAGGUUUUACCACCAUGACAUUUAACAACGCGACAACAGUGAUGUUAAUAAGAAAAAAAUAUUAUUAUUAAAAUAUAGGUAUUUGUAUAUAUGAAAUGUACUAAAAAUGAACACUCUGAAGAGUCCUAUAUUUUUAAAAUUUUGAACAAGGUUUAAAUUUAAAAGACAAAAUAAGCGUAGUAUAUAAAAUACGGGGAUUUAUUUUUAAUUGACACAAAAAAUAAAUGGUUGUUGUUAAA